AUGAAACAGACUUUUGACAUUGUGGAGGAGGAUACCGAGGGAGACACUGGCCCUGACGGCCCAUGCACUUCUAAGGAACUCUCCAGAGUUGCCACCAGAUGCCCUGACACUUUCCCAUCGGUCUCCUAUCCACCUGUGCACUACUUCCUGAAGCUCCCCACUGCCAUCUGUGAGCGGGUGCCAGAGUUUGGCCAACAAGUGGCAUUCUUCAGGGCACGAACAUCGGAAGCUUUGCUAGCUAAGCUGCAAAAGCAGCAAGGCUUCUUUACCAAGCUUCACACAUCCAGGGAUGCAGCAACUAAGACCAGCUUUGUGAUAUCCCACAAAAUCGCUAAAAACAGUAAGCCAUUCUCGGGGGGGGAGUUUGUCAAAGAGUGCUUGGUGGACUCUGCAGCACUAAUAUGCCCUGAAAAAAAAGGAGCAUUUGAGCAAGUCCCGCUGUCCAGGCGAACCGUGACGAGAAGGAUCGAGGAAAUUGCGGGAAAUCUGGAGCUUCAACUGCAACGUGAAGUGGCAAGUUUUGACUUUUUAUCCUUGGCUUUGGACGAGAGCUGUGAUGUCCGCGACACAGCCCAGCUACUCGUAUUUGUCCGUGGGAUUACGGACUUCAAGAUUACGGAGGAGCUGGCAGCAAUGCGGUCGAUGAAAGGGACAACGACAGGGAGCAAUCUGUUUACGGAGGUAAAUGCGUGCAUGGACACCCUGGGAUUGAAAUGGGACAGACUGGCAGGUGUCACAACGGACGGCUGUCCCAAUCUUACAGGGAAAAAUGUCGGACUUUUGAAACGUAUGCAAGAUAAAGUGACUGAAAUCAAUGCAGAUCAGAAAUUGGUGUUUUUGCAUUGUAUUAUACACCAACAUGUGUUGUGCAAGUCAGUGCUAAAAAUUAACCAUGUUGUUGAUGUUGUUACUAAAACCGUAAACUUCAUCAGGGCACGGGCAUUGAAUCACAGACAGUUUGUCGCACUUUUGGAGGAGCAUGAGACUGAGCAGAGUGACAUCGGCUACCACACAGCUGUCAGAUGGCUCAGCCUGGGCAAAGUGCUAAAAAGAGUUUGGGACCUGAAAGCAGAGAUCCGAGAGUUUUGUGAGAAGAAAGGCAAAGACAUCCCAGAGCUCUCAGAUGAGGACUGGAUGGCAGAUUUUGCAUUUGCUGUUGAUGUGACUGCAAUAAUGAAUGAACUGAACACCAAACUGCAAGGCAAGGGCCUUUUUGUUCAUGAAAUGCACAGCCUGGUGAAGGCUUUCAUGAGAAAGAUGCAGUUUCUUUCAAGCCAACUGGAGAGCAACACUCUCACUCACAUGCAAACCCUGAAAGAAGUCCCACCAUCAGCUGAUCACCUCCGCAGGUACUCAUCCAUGUUAGGAGCAUUGCAUGAUGAGUUUUCAAGGCGGUUUGAAGAUCUCAGAACAAUCGAGGAUGAAAUGCACAUGAUUUCCUCUCCCUUUACCUGCAGUGUGGAUAAUGCACCCAGUGAUGUUCAGCUGGAACUCAUUGACCUGCAGUCUGAUGCAGCUUGCAACCCCUGGUGA